AUGCAACGAUACCAUUGUUUAAUUAAUCGCUUCGAAAUAUUAUCAAAAUUAUCAUCGAAAUCACGUUCCAGUUCACCAUUACAUUCAAGUACUCAAAAGUUACCAUCAAACAUGAAAUGUCAUCAUAGACGUCAUCGAAAUUCUUGUCGCUUGUCAACAUCUAAAGUUACUAAUGAUACUUACAAUCACAAGGACGAUAAUGAUAACAAAUUCAAAGGGAUUAUAUUAUCGGAUUCCAUGUGUUCUCGUAUACGUACUUACAUGAUUAAAAAAUUUAAUUUAAUUGAUAUUGAACUAUCUUAUGAAUCUGGCUGUGACAUUUAUAAAAUGAUUAAAUGGUUCAGAACGCAUGAUGGCAUUAACCAGGUAACAAAUAAAGAUUUCAUCGUUUUUUCGUUAGGUACCAAUGAUGUGGCACGGCAUCGAGUAGAUAUUUCCUUGGAGCGUUGUAGUGAAAUCAUAUCAUUCAUUCGUCAGUCAUUCUCUAAUAUCCGAGCGAUUGACAUCGGAGAUUUUCACCGCCAAUUCAAUGAGCGUCUUCAGAUCUUAUCCAAGCAAUUGGAUUUUGAUGUUGUUGAUGCGUGCUUAGGAUCAGGGGAUAUGCGCGUGGAAGACGGAUUACAUCCAUCAACCACUGGCCAAUGGAAAUAUGAACAAGCGCUUCGUUCCUGGUUUAUCUCUCUUGCUGCGUCACAUAGUUUGUUUCUUGAGAAUAGUUUAGCAAUAGAGGACACGGCAGUAGUGAGAUCAUCAGAGAUCUUAAAUUUAACAUUAUAUGAGAAUGAUGAGAAUAAGGAAAGCGAAGAAAGCAUGAGUAGCGAUAUGUUAAAUGAGUCGAUCUUAUUAGAUAAUAUAAUUGUAGAUGUAGAAGCGAAAGCAAGCAACAAAAGAUUCAGAUCGCCAGACAUACCAAUCGAUAAAAAGACACGCGUAGAUACAAUAGUAUUAGAUUCCCAUGAAUCUUUUCGCAAAACUGCAUAUUUCGAUCAGUCCGAAUUUCUUCUAUGGUUGAAAACCAAUCAACAUUUACGAACGAUAGACGGUGGACCAGCCAAGAUUUGUGAGCUAUUAGAUAAACUACGCAUUGAAAAUCCUGCUCUAGAUAAGAUUUUUAUUUCACUUGCUGAAAAUAACGAGAAAGUGAAUCCACAUAGCUUCGACGUUGCACAACUAGUACUUCCUAACGAUUCCAUCAUUCUACCUUCAAAAUGGAAGCAUCGAACUGAUUCAGGGGCAACAUAUAUCUGA